AUGAAACAGGCGCUUUUAGCCUGUCUUGUGGCCUUUGCGCUCGCAGGUGUUGCUCAUGCAAACGUGAGAACCGUAACAUGGGGCGGCUUUGAAUGGAAGUCGGACAAGGACAACAAGCCAGAUGCCCGCGACGCGUACGCCGAAUGCGCCGCCCUUGGGAGCGAGUUCUUUCUGCCUUGGACGCCGUCGUCCGUCCUCGACAGCUUCAUGGGACACGGGGGUUAUGAUGUUGAUGACAACUUCAUCCGCGUGAGGCAGGAGAAAAACAAAAAGUACGCGUACGGGCUCAUCCGCAACUUUUACGCCGACUGGGCGUCCAAUCCAGACCCGGUCAUCUACCAGUAUCAGUAUCGCGGCAUCGACGGUCUGCAGUACAAGUUUGUGAACUGGCACAGCGGGUCUCCAAGCCCCGGCUCCGUCACCAGUGUCCAGUACACCGGGAUGCGGGGGUCUGAUGAUUGGGACAUGGCAUCGCCGACCAAUUCUGACAAUCGCAUGUACUGCAUGCGGUUUGAUCCCGACCAUGAGAUGCUCGAGUACAUCUCGGCCAGUCCUCGUUCGCCAGUGACGUUUUACACCAACCCAGCCGACCACGAAGUUCCAGUCCUGGUCCGAUCGACCAUCAUCACGCCCUCGUUCACCGCACUUAUCGGGUUUACCACCACCGACUGUUCCGCGGUGCAGGGUGUCCAGCCGCUGCGCUCGUCGUACUUUUGGAUGGAGAACCCUCUGCCCGCGUCGCUCAUCGGCAACAAGGUCGGUAUUUGCAUCUCGAACGAUCUGGGUGAGAACUGGAGGCUGCAGUCCGACGUCCAGGUCGAGCUUGUACUCGGCCGACCGUACCCAACCACCUUUACCGAUCUCACCCCGUCGCUUGUUGCCCACGGCUCGUCGGCCGAGGGCACGCUCGCGCUCACGACCACCAGCCUGCCCUACGCCUCUGCGCCAAACGCAGAGCUUCUGGUCGUCGACUCCAGUGCCGUCAACGCUGAUCCUGCCGCCGACUGUGCGCUGCGCGGCGUGUCCAACGUGUUCUACCCGGCCACCAAGGCGUGCGCCUGGCUCGUUGAGACCACUCCUCGCUCUCAUCAGCAAGCUUCGCGCACUUGCGCCGAGCAGGGCGGCUUCCUCGCUGAUCAGGGUACACCUGAGGAGUGGGCCGCCAUCUUUUCCUGGUACUUUAGCCAGCCAAAUCCGACCAGCUAUCCCACCCAAGGCGACGUGUACUGGACCAGCAUGCGCAUGUUGGUCAACCCGCGCGCCCUUGUCGGCAAUUUGGACGGCUUCCAGCCCGAAACGCAGCACAUCUCCAAGGUGACGCGGACAACCAACGCCCAGCGUGGUUUCUUUGACAGCUUUCAGGAUGACGAGCCGAGCUCACAAGAAGACAUCCUCAAGUCUGUCUGCGAAGCUGCAUCUGGGAGAGUUCUCACCGCCCCCAUCGCGGCGGCAUCGGCCACCUUUGAUCGUCCGACUCUCGAGGCUGCCACCAACAUCUACGGCAAGACAACAAGCUACGAGGUCUGCGCCCGAUCGAGCCGCGCCAGUUGGGUCCACCAGCCGAUGCUCUCCCUCACCCACGUCCUCGUCACUCCGACCUCGAUCACCGCCAUGACGCCCAGGACCGUCGGUGCCGGCGUGACCUUUACCGCCACCUUUGCCGUCGCCCCGGGCCACCGCAUCCACUCGCAGACUUCGCAGUUUGCCUUUUCCACUGACUGCUCAACGAGCGGCCGCUACACCGGCGUCUCUAUUCCGACCUUUGGUACCUACAAGCUCUGCGUUCGAUCGUCGACCAGUUCUCUGCGGGUCGAGAUGACCGGCAUCCAGCUGGUUGUUGCUCCCAGCGGUGUCAACGCUAUCGCCUCGGUCACACCGUCGUCUAUCGCCGCCGGUGCUCCGGCCCGGUUUGUCUUUUCCGGUGCCCAGGUGACCGACACCGGCACCCGUCUUGCGCUCGUCGCCAGCGGAGCACCGUCAUGUGUCGUGGAUAACCAUGUUGCACCGGCUGUGCCGUACUCUGCGACUGGGUCUGUCCUCGUGGCGCCAUCACUUGCGGCGGGCGCGUAUCACGUGUGCUACUCGGUCGAUGGCGGCGUGUCGUUUGCGCGCCAGACGGGCCCGGUCAUCACUGUGGUCGACGUCACUUCAUCCACCAUCUCGUCAUUCUCGCCGCAAAGCGCGUACGCCGACGAUGCUGGUGUAUUUCUUGAGCUCAACGGCCUGUCGAGCGUGCUCUCUGGACAGGUCGGGCUCUCGACAGUGGCUAACUGCUCAAACCCGCCUUCUACUGCCACCAUCUCCAACGCGGUGGUGGUCAACGGGCGCGGGAUGGCGUCGAUAUCGCUCAACAGCGGCGUGCCUGCGGGUCAGUACUACCUCUGUCUUGCAUCGGCGGCCAAGCCGGGGACGUGGGUGGGACAGGCUAGCGGCGCAGCGUUCGUGGUCUUCUCGCCGCCCAGUGCGAUCUCUGUGACGCUGGACUCGCCGCCAGCGGUGCUCGGCAACUCGUUGAGCUCGUAUGUGGUGAGCUUCACGGCCGACGAUGAACUGCCGGGCGCUAAGGUGGCCAUCUCACCCUACGCCUCGUGCCAGGACCGCAAGGUCGAGGUGCCGCUUGCCUAUGGCUCGAUCGACCUUGCGCUCAGCGUCGACUACGGCGAGCCGGCGGCGCAGCUCUCCAAGAACUACCACGUCUGCUACACAGCCGAGGGCACGCGUUGGGGCUCGACGGGGCAAACGAUCCAGUACGCGAUCGACUCGCCGAAUGCGAUGACCGAUCUGGUACCGUCGACGGUGCUGAACGGGACGCAGCCGCUCAUGACCUUUGGGUCGCUGCAGCAGACGUCGGUGCCGUCACAGGUCCAAGUGGCGCUCCUGCAUCCAGACGCCAAUCAGGACUGUGGGCAGACGGGCUUCCACAUCGGGACGGUUGAUGUGCAGGCCAAGAACCAGGAGCUUCUGGUGAGCGAGGCGCUCGCCGAGCCUGGUGUUUUCGAUGUCUGCCUCACAGUCAACGGCGGAGCGACAUGGACGCGGCAGCUUCGAUCGCAAGUGUCUGUGGUGAACGAGCCGCUAGCGCUGUCGAUCGAGUCUGCCACGCCGCAGAUUGUGGCGUCUGGUGUGCCCGGCCUCGCGUUCGACAUUGUGACCGAUGCCCGUGACGGGACGACACAGCUUGCGAUGGCCAAGUCUGGAGCGUGCGUUUCGGGGCGGUUUGGCGAAGUGGCGUACACCACCGGUUCGCCGUCGCCGCCACCGUUCACGGCGCCGACGGGGCUGGACAAGGGCAGGUACCAGUUCUGCUUCUACAAGCCUAUUCUUCUCGCCGAAUGGGUGGCGCAGAUCGCAGUCAGUGCGGAGGUCACGGUUGUGUCGUCGACGGAGACGCUGAUUCUGUCGUCGCUGGAGCCUGCGUUCCUUGGCUCGGGCAUGACGAGUGACCUCGUGCCGUCGGGGACGUCGAACCUCAUCGGGGCGUCGUCGACCAAGGUGGCGGUCAUUCCGGUUGCCAACUCGUGCGGCUCGGUGCCGGUCGCGAGCGAGCGUGAGUUUGGAUACGGCAACACGACGAUCCGUGGGUAUGUCGGCGAUCCGACACCGGGCAUGUACAAGGUGUGCACGCAGAUGGAUGUCACGACGGCGUGGGUGGAGAAUCCUGCGGCAACGUUUACGGUUGUCGGGCCGAGUGCAGACCGGUUUGUGACGCCGGUGCCAAACGUGAUGGGUGCCAAGACGCGGCCGACGAUCACGCUGACGGGCAACGGAGCUUACCACGCCAAGGGCGCGUCGGUGGGGCUCUCGACCUCGGCAAGCUGCGCGAGCGUGGAUGCGUCGGUGGAUCUUAGCACCGACCUUGGGGCAACCGUGGCUAUCACGGUGGACCGCGACUACGCGUCGGGCCCGCUGUAUGUGUGCUACUCAACAGACGGCAAGGCAAGCUACACGGCGCAGAGCGCAACGAUCGAUGUGGUGACGAUUGACACAAACACGCUGACGUCGGUGGACCGGCGAUACCACCCUGCAGACAAGAGCGGGCUGACGAUGACGUUUAGCACGUUUACGCCUGUGACGACGGGCGCAAUCGCGUUUGCGGCGGCAGGCAAAAGCUGCCUUAUUCUGGGCGACCGCGAGGCUGUGACGGACAUGACGGCGACAGGACCGGUGACGCUGUCUGCGCCGCUGGCAUUGGGAGCGUACUCGACGUGCUACACGGUCAAUCGUGGGGCGCCGUCCGAGGAGUGGACGCAGCAGUCGUCGGUGACGCUCACGGUGCAAGCUGGAAGCAGCACGACAGUGACAGGCCUGGUGCCGGCGGAGGUGCCGUCCGGAGUGGACGACUUUGUGCUAACGGUAUCGUCGUCGAUUGUGCUGAUGAGCGGCGUCGAGCUCGGGUUUACGCUCACUGCCGGCGACUGCUCGUCCCCGCAGGUUGUGACGCUCAUCAACAACGGGUCGCAGACCGAGUACGUGCUUGGCGGCGGGAGCGGCGGAUUCACGAGCGCAGGCGUGUACUACGCGUGCGUGCGAGUCGACUCGGACGUGCCGACGUGGCUGGCGCAGACGGGGGUGUCUGUGCAGGCGAUUGCUGCGACGGCGACGACGGUAACGAGCCUGUCGCCGCUUGUGGUACCUGUCGGCGUGAACCCGGUGUUUGCGAUGACCGGCUCCAACAUCAAGCCGUCUGCUGCGACGCGGGUGUUUUUCUCGUCGUCGGCGUCGUGCACGCCCGAGCUGGGUGUGAUUCCGAUUGUGAGCGGGACCGAGACGCAGUGGACGUCGACGAUCAGCACACCGGGCAACUACACGGUGUGCUAUGGGGUGCACGCGACGCAGGUUGUGGCGCAGACAAGCGUGGGCAAGCUGGUGGUGCGCGGUGCGACUGACGCGAUUGAUCACGUCGACCCGCGUGUUGUGGGCGUGGGCUCGAAGCCGACGUUUGCGCUGUCGGGAGUGUACUUUGAGUCGUCGUCGUUGAUGUCGCUGGUGCCUGUGGACGUCGGAUGUGGAGCCGGGGCCGGGACGUACGUGGACGUGCCGUGGACUGGACCAACGAGUGCCGUGGCGAGCGCGAUGCCUGCAGCAGGCGACUAUGUGGCGUGCUACUCGUGGGACGGCAGCCGUGGCGGGCUUGUUCAGCAGGAUGGACCGCUUGUGCGUGUGGUGGACGUGACUGCGAACGAUGUGGUCGAUGUGAACCCGAAGCUGUUUGGCACGACCAAGCCGCCGCCGCUGACAAUCAGCCUCAACGCUGGGGUGGAGAUCUCUGCGACGACGUGGUUCGCACUUGUUGCGCAGGGUGUGGCAUGCGAUUCCGAGAACGUGGACGGCGCUGUCUCGCUCGGAUCUGGGGCGACGACGUUCAACCUGGGGUCAUUCAACUCGCCAUCGGGGCCGUACGAGCUGUGCUUGUCUGUGGAUGGUGGGCUGAGCUACGUCAAGCAGGGCGGGCUCAACGUGACAGCGCUCUCUGCGCAGCCGACAACGAUUACGUCGCUGAGCGCCGACGGUAGCGUUCCGGGAGUGACGGUGCUCGAGGCCGGAGUGCAGACAGAGAUUGUUCUCGCUGGUGCGACGGCGUCGGUCAACACCAAGAUCGGGUUUGACCGCGUGUCGGGCGGGUGCCAGGUGCCGAGCAACGUGCUGUACGCGCGCGACUACAAUGAGGCUGGGCCUGGCGGACUCGCGUAUUUUAACGUGACGUUUGCUAACGCUGGCGAGUACGUGGUGUGUCUGUCUGUGGACAGUGGCGACAACUACGUGAUGCAGAGCCUUGCCGAGACGCGUGUGCAGGUGAUUGUGUGUGCCGCGCAGACAUCGUGCGGCGCGUGUGCGUCGAUCUGCUCGUGGUGCCUCGAGGAGUCAAGCUGUGUGUCGCGUGUGGGGAUCGGCGGCGGGGCGUGUGCCAACACGACGACGGUGAUUCCCGGGCUGAGCGGCGAGAACCGGGCGUGUCCGACGGGCACGCCGUCUGCGUCGUCGGGCUCGAUGCAGGGCGGGACCGAGGUUUGGGACCGUGGUGCCGGGCAGGACAUUGUGGAGCUUGCGGCACGUGUGGCUAGCGACCGAUCGUCAGCUACGUGCGUGUCGCCGACGUCGCUGGUGGCGACAACUGGAACGCUCACGCUGCGGUAUAUCGACGAGGACUAUCUUGCACCUGUGCCGUUCGAGUACUACUCGUGCCUGCUCCGGGACACGUGCUCCGAGUGCUGGGAGGCAGCGCGGCCAGAGUGCGGGUGGUGCGUGGACUCGCAGCAGUGCACGAUUGCGUCGUCGUGCGUGAACCCGAACGCGACGGCGCCGUCCGAGACGCCGCUGUUUGGCGGGCAGAGCUGCCCGUCUGUGGACGCGAUUGCGCCGCUCAACGGGCUUACAUCGGGUGGUGAGACGGUGACGGUGACCGGCGUGCUGUUCACCAACUACUCGCGGCUGCUGUGUGCGUUUGACGGAGUGCCGGUCAACGAGACGGUGUAUGUGUCCGAGAGCGAGCUGCAGUGUUCGACGCCGCAGCGCGGUGCCGGUGGCGCGCAGUUUACGGUGGUGGCGCCGUGGGGCCGGUUUGACGAGACGACGCUGUUCUUUGUGUUUGAGCAGCCUGCGGCGGUGCCCAAGCCGCCGGAGCCACCGCUGGGCACGAGCUCGAUUGUCGGCAUUGCGGUUGCGGGAGCUGUUUGCUGCCUACUGAUUGUGCUCCUCGGGAUCCUUGUGCACAAGCGGAAACGCGAGGAGGAGCUGUACGGGCCGCCGGAGCUGACGGACGAUCUGCGGCAUUCUGUGGUGUUUGGCUCGUUUGGAUCGAAGAAGCCGCUCGACUUUGACGCGAUCGUCGCCAAGUCGGGCCCGCUGCUGGAGAUGCUGCUGCUGCCGGGCUACGAGGUGCUUCACGCCGUGGUGGACGUGACGCAGGCGACGGAGGCGGACAAGGUGGCCAAGGCUGUGCUCAUUCUCACCGAGGCGCACAAGCUGUCUGUGGACCUGCAAAAGGACUUUAUCACGCGGGAGGUGUUUGGAGCGCAGUCGCAGGCGACGAUGUUCCGGACCAACUCGUUUGCGACCAAGAUGUUCAAGACGUACUCGAAGAUGCAGGGCCUGGACUACGUGCACGCGACGAUUGGGCGGCCGCUGAACAAGAUCAUCCACGAUCUGGAGCUCGAGGAGCAGAAGAAGGCCAAGGGCGAGGCGCAGGACGAGACGAACAAGUUUGGGCUGCUUAAAAAGUGCCAGCGGAUGUUCAACACAUAUUGUGUUGUAUGA